CCGUAGGUUCCCCAACUCUCAAAACUUACACCAGAAACGCCUCCACCUUUUCCCUUCAUACAUCCUAAUUCUGCCUGUCCAUCCUUUUCAAAUAGAGCACCCCCAAGAGAACACAUUCGCGGCUGCUGCUUUUGAUUCCGGCAGAGCAGAGCAGAGCACCGCGACUUCCACUACUCUCAAGUCAAAAGAAAGGAUAAGCGAGCAAGUGGGUAUCGAGAGACGACUUGUCUAUCGACUUCGUCAAGAGGAUGCCUCAAGCCGAAGCCCUUGACCCUGGCUUGAUCCUCGACGACUGGAUUAACCGCGUCCAAAACCUCCCCGAAGAGAUCCGCUUCAUACAAGAAGAGGUCGCCGACAAAGAUCGUCAAUACUCCGAGUGCUUACGUACGAUCGAGGACCGGGACGGGAAGAUACAGAAAUGGAUCAAGACAAACGGAAGCCAUGAGCCAAACCCUAAGGAAGACCUUCUUCGAAAACAAGUCCGCGACAGUUUUGCGCAAGCCGACCAACUAUCGAAAGAAAAGAUCGAAUUGUGCCAGAAGAUGCAGAUCAUAGUAGACAAGCAUCUCAAAAACCUGGACAGCCAAAUCAAGUUGCUUUACGACCGAGCCGAACCUGGCUUUACCGAUCCUGACGAAGUCCCCUCAUUACUUCGACCGAGCGCUGCAAAUCAUACUGCCCCUUCGAUCCGGGCCAUAAACCCAGCAAGUCAUAUGACCACUGCAGCUGGUCCCUCGACUCCUCUUGCCGCUGCACAAACCUCUUCAAAUCCCGCACUUGCUCGACUUCCCAGCCACCCUAAUGUUCGUCACGCACAGUCUCAGCAGCACGCAGCGUCUGCUCCGGCAACACCCGCAGCCAGCAUGAUUCUGAAUCGACAAAGAGAAGGUUCUGCAGGACCCGCGACAAAGCGCGUCGCUCGGGUAAACCCUGCUUUGGGGACUAUACCAACUAUAUCAAGCGGUUUGGCAAGACACUCAUCACUUGGACCCGGCACCCCUAAGGGCGGUGCCAUCGGAGGGUCUGGUCUUGCGAGGGCAGGUAGUGCAGGCCCAAGAACCGGGUCUGUGAAGUCAACAGGAACAAUGAGCGGUCGUCGAGGUACGCCUACGGGUGGAAUACGGAAGAAGCCUACCAACAAGUCGAAUCUUUCGCGGGUUAAGAAAGCCUCAAAUCGAAACUCGCCUGCGCCAACGAAUGAUAGUGAACUUUCGGAUGUCGACAGUGGCAGUGGAGAGGACGAAGAUGGCGCCGACGGUCGGUCAAGAGGUACGCCCGUGGCCGAUGGUAAGGAUGUUGACGGAGAUGAUAUUAUAGGAGAUGCUGACGAUGACGACGAAGAGGGUGGCGACGACAAGAAGUAUUGCCUUUGCCAUAAUGUGAGCUACGGGGACAUGGUCGCGUGCGACAACGACAAUUGUCCGUAUGAGUGGUUUCACUGGUCAUGCGUCGAUCUCAAGAGCGAGCCCAACGGGACAUGGUACUGCCCUAAGUGUAGAGAAAAGCUACAAAAGAAGGGCAAGUAGGAAGGCCCUGAAACUGGUGAGCUUUACGUACCAUAUCCCAACUGAGGUGCUCAGUAUUUGUAGAUAAAAGCAGUUGGGUUAAAAGUGGCGUUUGGGAAAGGCAUAUAAUAUACCCAUGCUACUUUGAGCAGUAUAGUUUCUGGUACUCGAGCGCAGAAGCUGAAAAUGCACGCAUUGCUUAAACCCCCUCGGGAUUUGAUGAUAUACUUUGGAUUCAAUAUGCCUAUGUCGGCCGAAGAACGCACUGAACAACACCCCUUCGGACCCCCUCUACCUCUUCUCUGAGCUGUUCCACUCGGGCCCCUUUCUGACGCGCUUUGUCAAUAAAGUCAUCCAGUGAACCACCGACCCCAAAGUAUAGGCGUUUUGCUCCUACAAGAGCAGCCGCUUCGUUUCUAUCAGUCUUCUUCUCUUUUUCCAGUAUUAAGAAGAGGGUUUCGAGGAAGGCCUGGAGGGCAAAUGGGGAGUAGAUUGUUUCUGCACCGAGAAGCAGCGUGCUCAUUUCUUGAUCAUGGCCUGAAGGCAGAGCGUAUAUGAGAUCGACGAAUUCCUGUGACCAAGCGCCAGACACAAAGGAGAGAGUGACGCUCGCUUCCUUGAGUGAUUGUUCGAAGGCGGCGAGAACAUCAGGGCCUAGCUCAACCUCACCCUCAAUUGAGAAAGCUUCUCGAAGAACAGGUACCUGAGGGUUGUUAAGGGCCCAUGAAAGGAUAAAGUUGGGCAAAGUGACGAGCUGGAGAACUGAAGGGUUGUAGUCCGCCAUGAUAAGAGACAGAGGCUUCUUUUCGGAUGUUGAGGCCAUGGCCCAUUGGAAGACUGCCAAAGAUGGUAGAGCUGUACCGCAUCCAAGCUGUUGGUCUAGGGUUAGAUAUAUCAAGUUGCAAGUAUAAUUUAUUUCACAUACCUCCAUGAC